CAAGCGGUGAACAUUAAUGUUUCUGUAAAUGAAAAAUUAUCGUUAUAAUGAUCGAAGUAAUGCCAUUCCUGUUAUCAUGUAUGUUGUGUACCGCCGAAGACUACUACUACUACCCUUAUAAUAUAUCCCGGACAACCUUGUCUGGGAUAGCAGCGUACCGUUCCGCCUUGACCUUGGAUUGGUUGGCGGCAGAAGAUUCGAGGCAGAGGGAGCUAGUUGCAGCGUUUGAAACCGCAUCGUCUCCGCCCGCCAAAGUACUUACAACUGACUGCAUAGCGUAUCCGAGACCUUCUACAGUAAAGAUUGCCAGGCUCAUGCUGGAGCUCUUAAAAAACCUCGAAGGCGAUGACGGUACUCUAGUUUCUAAUCUAAUUCAAACACUGCUGCGAACUAAAAUCUUAGUUAAAACUUCCAUGCUGGACGCCGAACCAGAUCUCGAGGCGCUUGUAAAGACCCCUGGAGUGUUGAUGGGUGAACCGCACACAACUUUCCCAAGGAUACUUGCUAUGAUUUGGUUGACAGUUACCGAUCCAGUGUCAACUGGGAAGUAUGGAUGGUGUCCCAUAAAUAAGGUGAACAAGUAUUUAUCAGUAACAAAACCUACGCAAAUAGCUAAAAAUAUACGAGCCUUGGAUCCGAUAUUGGCGCGAGCUCGCUUCAUUAUGGAGGAGUUUAUACAGAAUAUGACCCCUCUGAAUAUGUACCCGAAGAAGACAACCGCAAGCAUUGAGAAGGAUGAAACAUACAAUUUGGCCAAUGCGCUUUCUCUAGGCACUUCCGCAUUAGAGACGGAGCUACCUAUUUUUGAUACUUAUGAAGAAUUUAUGAGCAGCGUUGCUAGUUUACUACAAAUAUCCAAGAUUCAUGUCAUCAAUAUUACUGUGAUUUGGUGUUUAGUAAAUUUUUGUCCGUCUUCAUUUUUGGAUAUGGAUUUUGGAUCUGAUUUCCAUGAAGACCGGUGGAUUUUUAGAGAUAUGAAACAUCAAGAAUAUUCAGAUGCACCAUGUGCAAAGGUGCGGCCUUCCACAAGGGAUAUCAUUAGGAGAUUUUACGCCAUAAUCCCAUAUUUCGAUAAAGAUCACUUAAAUACCGCGUUCCUGCACAAGUUCAGAGCAACUGUAUAUGGCAUGUCAGAGGGUGAAGAUGCUUUGGACCGAGAAGCAGCAUUUUACGCUGCUGUAUUGGUUCCGGUCGUCUUCUUACAGCAAUACAGAGACAUGUGGUGUCUGCUGGAGAGGUUUCACAGAGCAAUGCGCCUGUAUCAAAUUUCACACCCAACCGAGAAGAGGUCAGCUUUGAAAUUGUUGCAGAAUAUCCGGCCCGUUAAUCUUAAAGUUAGAUCGUUUGUCCUUGAGCUACCGGGCAUCACUGCCGUCACACGUACCACAUCAGCUGAUUUUGAUGACGAAGAAAUCAACGAUAUAAAAGAUAUUCGAUAUCUCAAAGAGUUAAUUAAAAAUCUCGGUUGAGUUUAAAAUGUUUUAUUUCAUAAAUAAUAAUAAAUACAAUUGGAUAUAUAUACACAGCGCCAUCUAGUUGUAAAGUAA